CUCCGUACUCCGGUCUACUACUCCGGACUUUUUGGCAGCCGCCCGCACGGAAUAGCCUCACUUUGUUCGAAUCUGUAUGGCUCCAUUGCGGGAUAUAAUAGCAUGCACUAUUGUGGUCAUCAUCCAUCACUAUGAGGCGAACUUGUGACUGAUUGAUUCUCCAUUCUCUAUCCUUUGUUCAGUCAUGAUGGACGCGGGGAGGGUCUCGGUCUCGCCUUUCACACCCACCGGCAAUCCCGAUGACCUUCUUUGACCGUUCUCGAAACCCUUUUUCUGUGUUUUCUUUGGUUGCGAUCAUGCAGAAUGCUUACUGCUGGGUUGGCAUCCCUCACGUGUCCCCUGUCUCCAUGCAUUGUUAUGUAGGCUCCACGUCCGGAGUAAGUAGGUACGUAGGUACGUAGCUCGAUUCACCUUCCCGGAGGGAAAUCAGUCAGUCAGUCAGUCAGUAUCAGUAUGGGUAAUUAGUAUCAUCUAAGUAGAUUAACUAGACG